AUGUGUAGACCAGCAGAAUGCCAAAUAUGCCUGAAAAAGACAUGGGUAGGUUGUGGCUUACAUGUUCCUCGUGCAAUGGACAAUGUUCCUAAAGAUCAAUGGUGUACUUGUGAAUCAGCUAGUGGUAUUGAGUUGAAUGGAUAUCCUCCUAAGUUCGGUGAUGCUAAAUGA